AUGAAGGUGUGCUCAGCACUUAUGUCCCUGCUCCUUGUAGGGGCCACCUUCAGCUCCAAGGUGCUUGCUCAGCCAGAUACACUCAAUGUCCCAUCCACUUGCUGCUUCACAUUUAUCAGUAAGAUCCCUCUGUAGAGGCUGAAGAGCUAUUGAAUCACCAACAGCCAGUGUCCCAAGGAAGCCAUCAUCUGGAUAGAAAAAGCCACUCACCUCCAACCCCCACCUCACUCCACUCCACUCCCACAGCCCUCCCCCUCCAAGCAGUCCUCCACCCUGGAGUAA